UCUACAAUGCCACAAUCCACAAAGAUAACAAAUGGAGGAGAAUCAGAAAGCACAACAGACAAACUAACAACAGAAAUCAUAACAAGUGAGUUAACAACAGAAGGUACACCAGCGGUACAAACAGCAGAAAACACCACAUAUAUGUUAACAACUGAAAUCAUAACAGGAGAGUUAACAACAGAAGGUACAACAGCGGUACAAACAGCAGAAAGCACAACGUUUGUAUCGACAAAAGAGAUCAUGACAGUGGCAUCAACAAAAGAGAGCAUAACAGUGACAUCAACAAAAGAGAUCACGACAGUGGUACCAACGAGAGAAAGCACGACAGUCGCAUCAACGAAAGAGAGCACCACCGUUGAAUCAAAGAAAGAGAGCACAACAGUGGAAUCAACGAAAGAUAUCAAUAUAGUGGUAUCAACGAAAAAGAGCACACCAGUAGCAUCAACAAAAGAGAACACAACUGACACAAUAGCUACUCUUUACAAUACUAAUUAUCCAAUAAUAGUCGGAAGUGUUGGAGCUUUUAUUGCAAUUAUGUCUCUCGUUGGAGCAGUUUUUGCUACCUGUCUGAUCUUAAAAAGGUACCUAUAA